AUGUCGUCAAAAAAUUCAGAAAUUCCAAAUUUGUAUUAUAUACACAAACAAUUAGUUUUACCUAAUUCGGAAUAUUCAGAUAAAUUAAAUGAAGCAAUUUCUAGAGAAUUAAUUGCUAGAUUUGGGACAAUGUCACAAGCAUUAAUUAAUAGACAUGUAAAAAAUAUUUAUAAUUUGGGAAAUGUUUUACAAAACAGUUUAAGUCCAACAGAAUUUCGAAAUAUUUCAAUUGAAGAAAAUGAAGGGGAAGAAAUAAAUGAAUUGAAUAAUGUUGAUGAUAGUUUUGAUGAUAGUGAUAGUGAAAAAGAAAUAGCUCCUUGGAGAAUUAAUUUUCUCAAAGAGCUUACUUUAAAUCAUUGGACUAGUAAACGUAAACAGAUUUUACUUUCUCGUGAUAAAUAUUUGGCAAUGAUUGAAAAUGUUAGACAAUUUGGAAAUGAUAUUAGUGAAGGAGAAGGAAUAAUAGAAGAUAAUCAAAAUAAUAUUUUAUCCCCCCAAUUUUACCCCUCAUUUUCUUCUUCUUCAACAACAAAUUAUUCCUCUUCCUCUCCUUCAAUGUCCACACCAACAAAUUUAAAUAAAAAACCUUAUUUAAAAUAUAAAAUUGUUCAACUUGGGGAAGAAAACAUAAUUGAAAUGUUGGCAGAACGUAAAGAUUCUGAAAGGCUUUUUCUUUAUAACGAACAAAUUUUUGAUGUUUUGUAUAAAAUACAUAUGGAUACUAGACAUGGAAGGAGUAUGUCUAUGUACAGUAUGAUUAAAAAUAAGUUUGCAAACAUCACUAUAGAACAAAUAAAAUUAUUUUUAAGUUCUUGUGAAGGGUGUAAAAAUUGGAAUAAAAAUGAAAAAAAACUUUUUACACUUUUGGCAAAUAAUCCAAAUAAAGAAAAGAAAAUUGAAUAUGCAAAAUUCUUCGAUUUUGAAGAAAAAACAAUUGGAUGUCGUUAUUGUCCAUACAAAAAAAUAAUUAAAGAAAAUAUGAAAUCAACAAAUGCCCUCAGAAGUCAUUUGAAGAAAUAUCAUUUAAGUAUUUUAAGAGAAGUUAGAAAGGAAGAAAUGGAUAUUGAAGUUGUUGAGAAUGAGUGA